AUGGUGUUUAUCGAAGAGUGCCUACGGUACUUGCUCGUAUUGAAAGGUUACGGAGUCAAGGAGUCUGACCAGAUGGUAAACCAGAUAUGGAUCUGUCCAAGCUCUAUACCAGGUAUAACUAUAUCUGAUACGAUUGAAACAGUUAAGAAACUUAGGGAAGUCGGUCUACAAGUAGCUAUAAAUAGUUCAGACAGCCGAAAAGCCUGCGACGAUUUCUUGUUAAACCUAAAAUUGCAUGACUACAUAGAUAUCAUAGUGUCGGCAGAAGAUGCCGGUUGUCACCCAAAACCUUUACCACACACUGUGCUUCAAAUCAUUGACAAAGUUGGAUGUAAACCUGAAGAAACAGUCAUUGUCGGUGAUACACCUGCAGACUUAAUCUCCGGUCGAUCGGCUAAGGUUGGCCUUACUGUUGGACUGUUAUCUGGAUUUUCAUCGGCAACCGAUCUAAUCUCCUAUUCAGACCUAAUUUUGCCAAACUUAUCUCAUCUCCCUAAUAUAUUCAUUGAUUAA